GCGGACGACUGGGUGCUCGACCUGGAGAGCACGGCGUUCCCCGGAAGGCGCAGGAGCUCAACGCGGAGAGUCACCCGGACGCAUGCUUUGACACGACGCUCGUGAGUAUCCCGAGGGCCGAGCCCGGGGACUAGGUGUACUGGCAUUGCGAUGCUAUGCAUGCGGUUGCGAGCGAGCGUGGGGGAGCUGGAGACUCAUCCGCCUUUACAUCCUAGCUGUCCAGCCGACGGAGAAGAAGUGUCAUGUUUUGACAAUGGUUGUUGUAUGUCCACGACUGACGACGACCCAAUCAGCGCGUUGUACCUCCGCGACCAACGAGCCACGUUUGCAGGGGCUACCCUCCCCCCAACUCCUCAUCGAGGUACGCACGCACAGGCGGUCUGACAUCGUCGCCCGCGCUGCGUCGUCACUGCUAUAUUGCUUUGAUCAAGAUCAGGACAAGUUCAAGACAAAAUCAAGACAAAAUCAAGACUUACGAUGAUGCAAAUAUUCGCGUCGACUCUAAUCGAACGCACUGUGAUGGGUUUUGAUGGGACUGCCUCUUGAGUCGCCUCGUUCCUUCGGCCCACAGCACCAUUUGUUGCAUAGCCGCAGACAUAUAUAAGGACGGAACACCCACAGAGGCCACCCAGCUCCAACACGAUCCUUAACCCUCUAAUUCGGAGCCCAUCGACAGCAAGUGCGCCGGCCGCCUUGCUUGAUUAUUGAACGACCCAUACCGUGACGCACGACCACGACGUACCCGCACCCUACCUUCAGCC